AUGAAGACAACAUUCGUCCUAUCUUUCCUCUCAGUCUUUCUCAUCAUCAAGAUGAGCAAUGGAGAGGGACAGACGUACUGCGGCAGGAGGCUUGCUUCAACAUUGGCGUAUGUUUGUGAGAAUUCGAUAUCCAAGAGAUCGGAGUAUGAUGACUUCGAGUGGCCCUGGAUAGCGCGGCAGCAGGCCAGCAGUAUGAGGAACAAGCGCCAAGUCGUUUCGGAGUGCUGUGAUAAGCCAUGCACGUUGGAUGAAUUACUGGCCUAUUGCUGA